AUGUCGAAAUUUCAAACACUCUUCUUCGUUAUUGUUGCUUUGUUCUUUGCCCUCGCUUGGGCUGCUCCAACUAAUCCACCGACGCCCGGAGGUAAAAUUAAGGUGACAGGACCCGAUGGAAGAUUUAAGUUUGAUUCAUAUCAAGCUGUUAGUUGGACUGCUGAUUAUGAUGUUCCAGAUAAAUGGAAUCGAAAAGUCGAUGUUUAUAUUGCGAGAAAACUUGGUAAUGGACCAGACCUAUUAAAAUACGUUUAUGUUGGUCGUUACAAUUACGGGAAUACCUGGGCUGGUUUCCAAGCCCACGUCAACCAAGGUGUAUACUAUGCCUAUGUGGAACUUGUCCCAACUCCUGAUGACCCAUCUACUGAUGUGUGGGGUACCGGGCCACUUUUCUUUAUUGAUUAUUAA